UUGGUUCAGUUCGUGUCUAGAUUUCAGUUAAGUCGGAAGCAAAAUUUGUUUUCUCCGACAUUGAGAAAGAAAAGCAAACCCGCGACUUAAUUAAAAUAUUAUAUAUGGAAACCAUAAUAACAGUUAUAACAUAACAAGUUCUUUUCUUCUCGUCGUUUUGUUCGCUACGCGUUUGUAAGAAAAGAAAAAAUAAGAAAAGAAAUAUAGAAACAGAUAAUAAAGAAAUGAAAGUCAAUAAACUGAGAAAAUAGAAAAUCUCGCGACGGUAGUUUUGCUGAAAUAUUUGUGAAAUAAAAAAGAAUAAAACUUAAAAAAAUAUCAAAAAAUUGAAAUUGAAAGAAAAUAAAUUGAAAUUGUGCAAACAGUUUAAAAAUUCACUUACAAAGAAAACUCAUUUGCUAAAUGAAAAUGAAAACUCAAGUGAAAAAUCGAUAGAAUAAUGAAAGGCGAAAAAUGCCAAAGACUCUUCUGGGAAUUAUGAGAAGGAAACGUAAAAAAACAAGCUAAAAAGGAAUCUUAUAAUAAAUUAAAUUUCUGAAGAAAACGAAAAGCCAAAACAUAAAAAAAGGAAUAAAAGAAUAAGAAGAAUCAAAAAGCCGAAAAAGCGAGCAUGGAGUGAAAUAUAUAAAAGAAGUUUGGAUGAAGAAAAGAAAUAAUUUUUCGUUGAAAGUUUUGUGAUAAAAAAAUAAGAAAAAAAUUAUAAAUUGUGCUGAGAAUCGAAGUCUUGAUUCCAAAAUUUCGUGUUUUAUUUUAAAAGUAAAACAAAAUCCUAAUCAUGGCUUUCAAAUUUAACAUUGCAACUCUUUUGACACUCAUCGCAUUCACAACGACAGCAACAUUAAGUGCGUCACAUCUUAAUGGCUGCACAUGGGAAUUUAAUAAAACAAACCAAAUAGUUUGCAAUAUAAGAACUUUAGAUGUGAAUAAUCCUGUCGAUUUACUACAAGAUGCUGAAGGUAGUAGUCGUCUGGAAAUUGUGUGUGAAUCAUCAAUGUAUGAAAGUCAAUUACAAAGAAAUUUAUUCAAACAAUUGACAUCAUUAAAUGAGUUGGUGCUCGAUUCAUGUAAACUUUUAAAACUAUCAGAGCAUUCAUUUGAUGGAAUGAAUUCAUUGAAGAAGCUCACGAUAAGUACGAAAAACAUUGAGUGGGGUCCGCAGCAAUCUCUUGAGAUGCAACCGCUUACAAUGAGUGGCUUAAAUAAAUUAGUGAAUCUUGAGAUAACAGACUCAAAUGUGCGUGUGAUACCCGAUGGAUUUUAUUGUCCACUCACCAGUUUACAAGUACUGAAUUUAACUCGUAAUCGCAUACGUUCAACCGAGAAUAUUGGUUUCUCAUUACCAACAACAGUCGAGUGUGGCGGUUCGUCAUUACAAGAGCUUACAGCACUUGAUUUAAGUAAUAAUGAGCUUCAAAUAAUCCCAGAAAACUGGGCUGUAUCAAAGCUUCGUCGUCUACAACAUCUUUAUCUGCAACACAACAACAUUAGUGAAUUAAAUAGUGAAACACUUGCGGGCUUAAACUCAUUAAAAACAUUGAACUUAAGUUAUAAUCAUCUCGAGCAAUUGCCGGAUGGGUUAUUUUAUGGCUCGCGGGAGCUACGCGAGAUACAUUUGCAGAAUAAUGAGUUGUUUCAACUGCCUCGUUCGCUGUUCCAUCGCCUCGAGCAAUUGCUAAUUUUGAACUUAUCACGAAAUCAGUUGACGAGUCAUCAUAUAAAUAAUGGAACAUUUGCUGGUCUUAUUCGUCUAAUAAUUUUGGAUUUGUCACAUAAUGCAAUAACUCGCAUUGACACACAAACAUUUAAGGAGCUUUAUUUUCUGCAAAUUCUUGACUUGCGUAACAAUUCCAUUGGCUACAUUGAUGACAAUGCAUUUGAACCGCUUUAUAAUCUUCACACAUUAAAUCUGGCUGAAAAUCGUUUGCAUACGUUGGGUGAUAAGUUAUUCAAUGGACUGAAAGUGCUAUCGAAAUUGACAUUGAACAAUAAUUUAAUAAGCAUUAUUGAGCCGAAAGUGUUUAACAAUUGUUCGGAUCUUAAAGAACUUGAUUUGAGUUCAAAUCAAUUGCAAGAAGUGCCCGAGGCUCUGAAAGGUCUCACCGUGUUGAAGACACUUGAUUUGGGCGAAAAUCAAAUUGCACAAUUUCGUGCUGGCGCUUUUCAAAACCUCAAUCAACUAACUGGAUUGAGAUUGAUUGAUAAUCAAAUCGAAAACAUCACGAAGGGAAUGUUUGAGAGUUUGCCACAUUUGAGUGUUUUAAAUCUCGCCAAAAAUCGAAUCCAAUUAAUUGAGCGAGGUUCAUUUGACUUUAACAAGGAAAUUGAAGCAAUUCGAAUGGACGGAAACUUCAUUAAUGAUAUUAAUGGAAUUUUCUCCACGUUGUCAUCGCUCAUGUGGUUAAAUCUUGCUGAAAAUCAUCUCGUGUGGUUCGACUACGCUUUUGUGCCGAAAAAUUUGAAAUGGCUUGAUAUUCAUAGCAACUACAUCGAGUCAUUGGGAAAUUAUUAUAAACUUCAAGAAGAAAUUCAAAUUAAGACUCUCGACGCGAGUCAUAAUCGAUUGCAAGAAAUCGGGCCAAUGAAUGUGCCAAACAGCAUUGAGCUGAUGUUCAUUAACAAUAAUCACAUAAAUAAAAUCCAACCAAACACUUUCAUCGAUAAAAAUCAUUUAAUUCGAGUUGAUUUGUAUGCCAACAGUUUGCAGAAACUGGCAAUGCAUCAACUCAGAAUUGCACCAAGCAUUGCAUCAAAACAUCAGAAUCGAGAAGCUCCUGAAUUUUAUUUGGGCGGUAAUCCGUUUGAAUGCGAUUGCACAAUGGAGUGGAUUCAACGUGUCAACAAUUUCACAAUGAAACAACAUCCCAGAAUCAUGGAUUUGCAGAACAUCGAAUGCAUUAUGCCACAUAGUCGUGGUUCACUAAUCAGACCAAUAAUGCAACUCGAUGUCACAGAAUUUCUCUGCAAUUACGAAUCCCAUUGUUUUGCCCUGUGCAAUUGUUGUGACUACGAGGAUUGUGAGUGUGAUAUGAAAUGUCCAACGAACUGCAGUUGCUUUCACGACCAAACAUGGAAUACAAAUAUGGUUGAUUGCGGUCGUCAAGAGACACAAAGAUUCCCAUCACGAAUUCCACUCGACGCAACUGAAAUUUAUCUCGACGGCAACAACUAUCCUGAACUCGACAGUGGAUUGUUCCGACAACAUAACAAGUUGCGCCAUUUGUUCUUGAACAACAGUCAAAUUGAAGUUAUUAGAAAUCGCACGUUUUACGGCUUAACAUCACUGACGACCCUCCAUCUUGAAGACAAUCAACUGCAGAAACUUUACGGAUAUGAAUUCGAGCAGAUGCACCGAUUACGCGAAUUAGAUUUGCACAAUAAUAAACUCACGUUCAUUGCAAACGAAACGUUCUCUCACUUGAGAUCACUUGUUAGUUUACGCAUCGAUGGUAAUCAACUUGUCAAUGUUCAAUUGUGGCAAAUGUUACCAUCAUCAAUCUUCAAAGGAAACUCACAAAUGCAAGCAAUGACACUUGGAAGAAAUCCUUGGACUUGUCGAUGUCAAUUCCUUCAAGAAAUGACACAAUUUGUUGCUGAUAAUGCAGUUAUAGUUCAAGAUUCUCAAGAUAUUUAUUGUGUUGAAGACAGCAAGAAACGAGAAAUUGAUUUCAAUUCAUCAAGUGCUUGCAGCGAUUAUUAUGCUGACAGUUCUUCCGGUCUUCCGAAUCUUAUUCUUACCAAUGGCUACAUUCCACUUAUGAUCACCCUUCUUGCCACCAUUUGCUUGUUGGUUUUGUUUGCGAUUCUUUUUGUGUUUCGUGAACCGUUACGCCUAUGGCUGUUCGCUCAUUAUGGUGUUCGUGUGUUCGGACCGCCUUGCGAGGAUUCUGACAAACUUUACGAUGCCGUUUUCUUGCACUCAGCUAAAGACACAGAAUAUAUUAUCAAACACAUCGCUACUGAAUUAGAGAAUGGAAAUGGAAGACCGCCAAUGUUCCGUCUUUGCUUACAACAUCGUGAUUUGGCUGAAGACGCCUCCUACAUCCAAUUGCUUGAAACCAUUUGCGCGUCACGAAAAAUUGUCAUUCUAUUAACGAGAAAUUUCUUGCAAACUGAAUGGUCACGUUAUGAUGUUAAACGAGCUAUUCAUGAAUCAUUACGUGGUCGUCCACAGAAGUUGGUGAUUAUCGAAGAUCCCGACGUAUUACUUGACGCCGAAAGUGACAUUGAACUUUUGCCAUACAUGAAAACAUCAGCAGUUAAACGUAUUCGUCGAACAGAUCGACAGUUUUGGGGUAAAUUGCGGGAUGCACUUCCGGUUGAGCCACUUUUCCGAGGUAACAAUUACACCUUAGAUCAUCAGCGUGCAUUGCCGCAUUAUCAGUCACACACAAUGCCACAUCAUAUGGUGAUGCAUCAUGAACGAUUUAAACACGCUAAUGGUAAUGGAACAAUGAAUGGUGGAAUGAUGUUCCAUCAUCAUCGUCAAGCACCACCACCAGCUUACAUCAGUUCAGCUCCUGAAAUGGAUGAUACAAAUUAUUCAUCUGCAACAACAGCAACGCCUUCACCUCGACCUUCACGUCGUGGUGAACCAUUGCAACAUCAUCAUCAUCAAAUGCAUUUAAUGCCAAAUCCCGUAGCAAUGUCUCCGCAACAACAUCAGAACAUUCAUCGUGCACCAUCCGAACAUAUUUAUUCGAGUAUUGAUUCUGAUUAUGGUGGAUUUGAUCCACAACAUCAGCUUCUCCCCCAUCCAAUUCAUCAACAACAAUCGAGUGUUAGCUCGACAGCGAGCGUUCAUCGACCUGUUCCUACAUGGCGAAACAGCAAUUUCAUUGUUGACAAUUCUACUGCCAAUCCCCAAUCGCCAUCCUAUUUGGUGUAAACAUCCACAUCACAUUCUUCGUGAUUCACAUCCGAUGGUGACAUGUCUUCGUAAGUUUCAUUUAUAUGUUUAAGGAAUGAUGAAAAAGUAAAAAAUUUAAAAAUCAAACAAAUGAUAAAAGUAUUGAGCAAAUCGGUUUUCUUCAGCGUGAAAAAAUUUGAUUUUGUUUGAGCUUAGUGAUAAUAGUUGAUAAGAAAUGAAUAAGAAACUUACUUAAACAAUGGAAACUGAACGAAAAAGAAAACAAGAUAAGAAAAGAAUGAAUUUUGCCUAAUCAAAAACAAAUAAAUAAUGAACACUAAAUACUAUUAAACGAUAAUUAAAUAAUUGUUUAUUUAAGUUGUUAGUGUUUUAUGUGCAUACAUAAAUAAAUUAAGUUUUCAUAAUUGUACAAUACUUUUUUUCUUGUAAUCAUUUUUUAUCGCUUUUUAGUUGUAAAUACAAGCACGCGGAGAUGAAAAUAAAGACGAAGAAAAUCUUACAAGAAAGUUAAUUGAGAAAUCAUUCGUUCUACUUAAAGCGAUUAAAGCUGUAAAUAAUUCAUAAUUUAAUUAACUUUUUUUACCCAUUUCUCAUUUGCUACAAUCACUCUAAGAUUCUCAGUUAUUGUUUAUUGUGCUUUUCGGAAAUGAAAAGUCUGAUAAAGAAUUGUAUAAAGUAUUGAGAGAUUAGCGGAGCUACGAUUAGACGGUAGACGAUCGAUUCUGAAAUAAAUCUUGUUUCGCUUCAAACUGAACUUCUUUUGUGUUUCUAUUCACUGAAGAUUCUUUACAACAUAGUUUCAGCAAAUCACCGCUACUCGGCACCUCCCCAACUCUUUUUAUUACACAAAAAAUGUGAAGAAGAAUCUAUUAGACGUGUACAGUUACUUUGUAAUGCAAUUUCUUUCCCUUUACUUUUCCUAUCCGAUCGUGUAUGAUGAUGAAUGUACAUUUAAAUUAUUGUUUCGAGUUUCAUAAUUGAACGGGUGAGCGAAUACGAGAAAGAGACAUAAGAAAAGCUCCAUAUUCACAUAAAUUAGAUAGCUUCAAAUAUAAACUAACAGCAGCAAAAGAAGAAACAACAACAAGUAAAUAAAUUGAGACUUUAUUUUCCUAUUCAGUGUAAUAUCUAAUAGUUGUUGGAAAAACCUACUCUUGAACAGCAAAAACUUUAUUUUCACUGAUAACUCCAUUUGCUAUACUUCAUUCAUUAAUUCUCUUAGCUUGUGCAUAGUUCAUUGGUGCACAGUUUGAUAAAUUUUUCCAUUCACUAAGAGAAGAAAGAAUAAAAGCAAGUCAAAUUUUCAAUAAAAUUUAUGAUUCAUUUGCAACCGAAAAAUGUUGUUCCAUGGGAGUGUUAAAAGUUGUGUUAUGUGCAUGAAAAAAAAAACGCCAUGAAUUAUGUUGCCUUUCGUUAUGUUCUCAUAAAGAAGGGAGGAAUAAAAAGCAACAAGAAUAAUAACAAAAAUAAUAAGAAAAAAAUGAAAACAGCACAACCAUUAGAAGAUGAUAAUAGUUGGAGAAGAAUAAAGUGAAAAAUGGCUUUAAAUGCAUAAAUAAAAAUCAUCGUUCUGAUAACACUCUCGGAACAACAAAACAAAACAAAACAACUACAACUAUUUCCAUUAUUCUUCUGUUUUUGUGUAAACUAAAAAAAAUUAAGAUAAGCAAGUAAAAAUGAAAAACUAUAGUCAUGAAGCAAGAAGAGAGUAAAAUUUAUGUAUUUCUUUUGUAAAUUAUUGUGGCAGGGAUGUCAUUUCAUUCAAUGUGCAAGAUAACUUUUAUUUUUGAUCUUUCAAGAAGGAAAAUGAAAAGAAAAAGUUUUAAGAAUGCUUAAUAAAUCAAAAUGUUUUUAGAUGUUCAUUCAUAAGUACAUUUAUGUAUAUUUAAUUCUCGAUUCAAUGGUGACACCUCUGCCUAAGGCUCAUAAUUAAUAUGAUGACGAACUGAAAACUAUGCGAACAAAACACUUUAUAAACCAGAAUUUUAAUUAAGAAAGAGAAAAUGAUAAUUUGUGUAUAAAGAAUUAAAACAAGAACAAAAAAGAAAAUAAAAUAUUUUAAGAGUAAGAAAGAUGAAUUUAAAGCAGAAAAGAUGGAUAAAGAAGAAGAAAAUGAAUAAAUGUCAUGCAAAAACAUGUAUUUUGAAAUAUGUUUAACAAAAAUGAAUUAUUGCUGCGUUUUUUAAUUUAUUUUCCUUUCGUCUUCACUUCUC